UUUCGAUCUCUAUGAUACUUCCGGUUUCCUUGAUUUCCUCCCAUAAUUCCUGCGGCUCUUCCUUUCCGAGCUUGUCCUAAGCAGGAUGGCCCCUGCAAAGAAAGGUGGUGAAAAGAAGAAAGGCCGAUCAGCCAUCAAUGAGGUGGUUACUCGAGAAUAUACUAUAAAUAUUCACAAAAGGAUCCAUGGCGUGGGCUUCAAGAAACGGGCUCCUCGUGCUCUUAAGGAGAUUCGAAAAUUUGCCAUGAAGGAAAUGGGUACUCCCGAUGUACGCAUUGACACCCGUUUGAACAAGGCUGUCUGGACAAAAGGAAUAAGGAAUGUUCCUUAUCGUAUCCGAGUACGCUUAUCCCGAAAGCGCAAUGAAGAUGAAGAUUCACCCAAUAAAUUGUAUACACUGGUUACUUAUGUGCCAGUCACCACCUUCAAAGGUCUACAGACUGUUAAUGUAGAUGAAAACUAAGCUUUUAUUACAAUAAAAAUGCUAAAUUGGUAUUAAAUAUGUAGAUUGAUAUUAAAUUGGUAUUAAACAUUUUGCAAUCAGA